AUGUCCGGUCUUUCCAUCCCUCUGUUUCUGACAGUGCUCUGUCUGCUUCUCAGGCCCCCUCCAUGUAGCAGCAGAAACAUUCUGGUAGUCCCUGUUGAUGGUAGCCACUGGAUAAACAUGAAAAUUAUCCUUGAACAGUUACACUCCAGGGGCCACAACAUCACUGUUCUGCGUUCUGCAAAGAGCUCGUACAUCCCUAAUAACUCUUCCAUUUAUACUUCUAUUAAUAUAAGCAUGCUGGAGGAUGAGUUAGACGUUAACUACUACAACAAAAUGUUACAAGAUGUUAUGGAAUGUCGCACUUAUCCUACAUUUAUACGCACGUUCUGCCAACAGUACUUGAUCACGUCCGUGUUAGAUCAGGGUCACAAGAUCUUGGCCAGAUCAGUUGCUACAAUAAUAGAAGACACAGUAUUUAUUCAGAAGCUACAGGAUACAAACUUUGACUUAAUGUUAACUGACCCUGGUAUGACAAUAGGGGUACUUCUUGGAAGUUACCUCAAGCUGCCUAUGGUUUUUAAUGUGCGCUGGAUUAAUGCUGGAGAAGGUCAUUUCACCAUAGCUUCCUCUCCUAUCUCAUAUGUCCCUGUGCCAGGAAGUGAGCUCCAUGAUCAGAUGGACUUUCUGAAAAGAACCAAAAAUAUGCUUGUGAUGCCACCCCCCACCACAAUGCUGCAUUAUCUUUAUAGUGUCAUUGCACAGCACUUGAUCAUAAAUCCUGCCUACUCAGAUCUGCUCCAACGACACUUCCCUCCUGGUACUGAUUUGCUGUCUUUACAGCGUAGAGCUGAUAUCUGGCUGUUCAGGGGAGAUUUUGUUUUUGAGUUCCCUCGGCCCACAAUGCCUAAUGUAGUAUAUGUAGGGGGCUUCCACAGCAACAAGGCCCAACCCCUUCCUGCUGAGCUGGAAGCAUUCAUGCAAAGCUCCGGAGAACUCGGUGUGGUUGUCAUGUCUCUGGGGACAUUUAUAUCGGCCCUACCCCGGAAGGCCACAGAGGCCAUCGCUGCUGCUUUUGCUGAGCUCCCUCAGAAGGUGAUUUGGCGUUUUGUGGGUGAAAAACCUUCAACAGCAGGGUGUUGUUUCCGAGAGAUGGAGUGGCUACCUCAGAAUGACCUCCUGGGACACCCCAAGACCCGUGCCUUUGUGGCCCGAGGAGGCACCAAUAGCAUGUAUGAAGCCAUCUACCACAGUGUUCCUGUUGUGGGCCUCCCACUCCUCUUUGACCAGUUUGACAACUUACUCCGGCUGAAGGUGCGUGGUGCAGCUCGGGUUGUAGAGACCUACUCACUAACCAAAGAAGACUUCCUGGGAGUUCUCAAGGAUGUUCUUGAGAAUCCCUCUUUCCACACUAACAUGCAGCAUCUGUCCCAGCUACACCGUGACAAGCCAAUGACUCCAAUGGACACUGCCAUCUUUUGGAUUGAAUAUGUCAUCAGGAACAAAGGAGCACCUCACCUACAGUCAGCAGGUUUUCAUCUGCCUUGGUAUUCCUACUUCUGCCUGGAUGUGGCUGCUUUAACCAUAGCCAUAACUGGAAUUUUCAUCUGGGCUUUGGUCUUUGUCUGUAGGCUCCUCUGCUGCCGGAGGUCAAAGAGAAAAAUGAAACCAGAGUAA